AGACGAAACACUAAGACGGAGAAGGGUUAGGAUUGAAAACUUAAACCACUAUAACAUAGCUAUAAAAGCUAGUUUACAAUUUAUCAAUCAACUAACAAAAACGGAAAUACAAAUUCAUCAUACACAUUAGAACGAAGAAACUGUAUAGAGGUAUCCCGCAGACAUGAAGACUCUUCUACAAACGUUAUUAUGUUUCGUUUCCGUGGCGCAAUGCCUAUCGCUAAUGGGCACAUACUCAGGCAGACAAAGAACAGUCGUGAAGAAACCAGUGGUGUUCGAUCAGAACCCGAUAUUUCAUCCCAAGCCUAUAGGUCCAAAACCUUAUCACCCAAAGCCAGUUGUUAAGCCUGUACUGUUUGGAGUAGAGAACAGUGUCUUCGGUCAAAGACGUCUUUGGGGAAACGGUGCUGAGCCGGAUUUCAAUAGGUUGCUGUCAGGUGGCAACCAAUUUGGUCGCCAAGCUACCAAGGAAACUCAUAACAUUCACAACAUGGUGAAGGCUUCCGUUGGAACUGGUAUCGGCGUUGGUCCGAUGUCGCACAACAUCGUCAAGUCUUCCGUUGGAAAUGGAAUCGGCGUCAAUCAUGUUUUCCAUAUGUCUGCACAGUCCGCAAUGUCUGGACGUCAUAUAGGAGGAAUUGGUGUUGACCCUAUUACCCAUAACAUCGCUAAAUCGACCUCCGUUGGUACUGGUGGAAUAAGAGUAGACCCUUUUAAUCACAACAUCGCAAAGCAAAUGCAAUUUCAACAUAACACGAUCAAAUCAUCCAGCGGUAUCGGACACAUUGUCGCUGGUAAACCGAGUUAUGGUGUCGGAUUUUCUUCUGGUACUGUUCGUGUUGACCACCAUGGACUCACUUCUCACAAUAUUGGAAAUAGUCACAAUCUUGCAAAAGCCACCGGCGUGCCCACAGGCUCUGGUUUCAUGAACCCAGGAUCCCAUAUCAACCGUAAAGCAGAAGCACAGGCGGGCCAUGAUUUUGCAAAAGCCUCUGGCGUGCACAUAGGAAAUGGCUUCAUGAACCAAGGAUCCCAUAUCAGCCGUAAUGCAGAUGCGGGCCACAAUUUUGCCAAGUCAGGUGGAAUGAAUGAAUUCAAUUUAUUUGGACAAACGUCAGGAUCAAACUUUGUUCACGAUAUGAAUAAGGCUCAGUCCGGUAUUGGUCAGUUAAAUGGCUUUGGACAUAUGAUAAGACCCGCUGGUGGCGCAUCAGUAGUCCACAACGUAAACAAGGUCGGAGCCGGUGGGGCUGCUGGUGUGGGACAUGAUAGGUUGGCUGCUGAAGUAGGACACGGACUUGCAAAGAAUUCAGUUGCUAAUGCUGUUGGGAUUGUUGACAUGGGAUCUGGAGGAGCGGUAUCUAUGGGAGAUCCCUUCGCAAAUCAGGCUGCGGCGCGACUUGCCCAGGAGUCACUUCACGUCGCUCAAAAGACGGUCGGCAUGGCUUCUAACGGAGGUGGUGCUUUCAUACAGCCUGUUAUGCAUAAACCAGCAAUGCCAAAGAAGCCUGUUGUCUUCCCUACCGGAUACGGCGGUCGCCCUCGUCGUGUUCGCGGUCAUUAGAGAAAAUUAUUUACUCAGUGAUGUGCAAUAUGGUUACGAAAUGGGCGAGGUACUUGAUCCAGCCAGUUAUUGUGAUAUGUACAUGUAGCAUAUAUUUGAUUAUUUAUUGAAAGUUAAAAUAAAAGCCAUAAAAGCAAACUGUCAUUUCAUUUUAGUCCCUUUUGAAUCUAUAGUGAUAAAUGGUAACAAAAGCAGUUUCUGUUGUUGUUAGAGUAUCGUCUCUUUUAAAUAUAUACUAAAUGACAUCUUUGUACACGAAAGAUAGAAGAAAACAAUGAUUUCAAUAAAGUCUUAGCCUUGAAACCUUUAUACAGAUUUUAUCAACCUUGAUAUUGAUGAAGAUUUCGUAGAGAAGUCAUUAUGAAGUUAUUCUGCAUUACGAUCGUUUAACUAAAAUAGAUUGAAAUAUUUUGAAUAUUUGACGUUUCUACAUCAAUGUGUCGGUCAAAUUAAACAAUAAAAUUUUAAUUACUGGAACAUAACGAGAUCAAUUACACACAAUCGUAAAUGCAAUAUCUUCAUUAUAUUCCAAUACAGUGUUCUAGUGACAAGUCGGUUAUCUGCUGAAAAAAAAUGAGACUGUAAGUGGCACGUGUAAACCUCCAUUGUAUUUGAAUAUGAAUAUGGAAACGAUAUUCAAUAAAAGUCACAACCUUAAA